AUGAACCAGCCACCACCGUCUACCGCCGCUUCGGCCUACCCCAACGUCAACCCCUACCCGGCACCCAGCGCACCCGAAGGUGUCUCCCCAGCAUCGCCCCCGCCUCCCGCAGCCGGACCUGGGGCCGGCUUCCCCAUGCGCUCGGGCCUGGCAGGCAUGCAGCCACACAGCAUGGCGACCGCACCGUCCUAUGUCCCCGGCUCCGGGUCUGGUAUCAGAGGCGGACUGCCCGAGGAGAAAAACGUCUUUGACGCGAUCAAGGAGAACACGAACGUCUACGCGCGCCGCUGGCAGGCCCUCCUGGACCGCUCAACGCCGCACACAAUGGAGCGGUGGCUUACCACGGUCACUCUGUUCAUCCUGUUCAGUCUGAGUGUGGUUGUCCGCCAGGGUUGGUACAUUAUCAUGUACGCGCUUUGCAUCUACAUCCUCAACCUGUUCCUCGCGUUCCUCCAGCCGCGUUUUGACCCGUCGCUGGCAGCAGAUCUCGCGGCAGAUGACGUUGAGGAGGGUGCGCCCGGCCUCCCCGGCUCGGAGCGGCCCAAGAGCGGGGACGGUAUCCGCGGUCUCCUCUCGGGCUUCUCGAGCAACAACGACGACGAGGAGUUCCGUCCCUUCAUCCGCCGCCUCCCAGAGUUCAAGUUCUGGUACUCGGCGACCAAGGCCGUCGCCCUCUCGCUCUUGAGCACGAUCACCCGUGCGACCGACGUCCCGGUCUACUGGCCGAUCCUGCUCGUCUACUUCUGCGUCCUCUUCGCCCUGACCAUGCGCCGCCAGAUCCAGCACAUGAUCAAGUACAAGUACAUCCCCUUCGACCUGGGCAAGAAGCGCGGCUACGGUAAGAAGUAG